AUGGAUAUAAAAGAAACACAUAAAGAAAUUUAAAUGCAAAAAAGACAUAAGGAGAAGAAGUUGAGAAAUCUAGCAUUAUAAAAAUCAACAGAUUAUAUGAAGGAUAAUAAUUUGGAUUAAUUCAAAGAAUUGUUCAAUAAAAAGGAUGAACUUGAUGAUACAGAAAAAAAAAAGUUUUUCGAAAUGAAAAAUGAAUUAAAAAAAGCUUAUAUUGGUCAAUAUCGUAUUUUGACAACUGGUUGGCAGACCUAAAAAUAGGAGAAAUUAUAAGGAGAUAAAGGGCAAAAUAAAACAGCUUAAUAUUAAAAAAAACACAUUCUUGAUGAUUGA